AUGCACGGAACGGCAGAAGGGGCCGCCAACUCGGAAAAGCCGCAUCGUGAAGCACAGCAAGCCCUUGGCAACGGUAAGUGCUGUGCUGUCUCGGUCUCUGGGGACGAACGGGAGUCGGAAGAGGAUGCUGUUGAGCACGCUUCAUGUCAGGACCUGGGUGAGCCUGUCCGUGUCAAACCGGAACAGUCACUGGACCUGAAGAGGACGGCCAGCAAUGCUCUCAGCAAAAUCGCAUCCAAGAUCACCACCACUUCACGCGUGGAGCCUCCUCCAGAUGGCGGACUCAAGGCCUGGACGCAAGUCGCCAUGGGCUGGCUCGUCAUCUUCAUCACUUGGGGCUGGGUGAACAGCUACGGAGCCUUCCAAAGCUACUACACGCAGACGUUGGGUGUCUCUGCUUCUACGAUAUCCUGGAUUGGAUCCGUACAAAACUUCCUCACUUUCUUCGUAGGCGCGUUCACGGGUAGGCUCCUCGAUGCGGGACUCUUCAUUCCGACGCUGGCCGUAGGCGGUGUGUUGCAGCUACUCGGCAUUUUCAUGAUGAGCUUGUCGACGACGUACUGGCAGCUCAUGAUCACCCAAGGAGUAAUGACGGGCUUGGGGGGUGGUAUGUUCUUCACGCCGGCCAUGGGUCUCAUCGGGACCUACUUCUCACGGAGGAGGGCGCUUGCGGUCGGUAUCACGACCACGGGCAAUUCCGCAGGCGGUAUGAUCUAUCCAGUACUGGUUCAGCAGCUUCUACCAAAGAUUGGAUUCGCGUGGACAGCUCGAGUGCUCGGUUUUCUGAACCUCGGGCUGCUUGCUAUCGUGAUGGCCCUCAUGCGUCCGAGACUACCGCCUAGGAAAGCAGGACCCAUGCUGGAUUUCUCCGCCUUCCGAGAACCCACCUAUGCGUUCUUCGUCGCGGGACUAUUCUUCGUCAUCUGGCCAAUCUACUACACGUUCUACUAUGUAAGCAAGACAAGAAGCCUUCCUAAAUGCUACACGUGCUCAUACUUCCCAGCUCUCUUCAUUCGGCACAGAAGUGAUAGGUCUCCCCUUCUCGACGGGCAUCACUCUGACCAUAAUCGUGAACGGCGCCGGCAUGCCUUUCCGCGUGAUUCCACCCUUCUUCGCCGAUCGAUGGGGCCAGCUCAACACCCUCAUCCCCAUCAUCUUCGUCCUCGUCAUCGUCGCCUUCUCCUGGAUCGCAGUCUCCACUUCCGGAGGCGUCUACACGUACACCGUCUUCUACGGCGCCACGAGUGGUGCCUUCCAGUGCCUGAUUCCGAGUACCGUGGCCAGCAUCACGCCUGACAUGAGCAUGUUCGGCACACGACUGGGCAUGGCGUUCAGCACUUUGAGUUUCGCGGCGUUGACGGGGCCGAGUCUCGGCGGGGCGUUACUGAGUGCUAUGGAUGGGAAGUACUUGGGAGCACAGGUCUGGGCGGGGUUGUCGACUGCUUUGGCGUGGGCUUUGAUCAUCGCGGCGAGGACGAGUAAGGUCGGAGUCAAGAUGGGGGUCCGGGCAUGA